AUGGCGACCUCAGAAGCACCCAGUGAACUCCCUCCCGCGGGAGUUCGCCAGAACAACUUCGAGCAGGCCGUCGUCUACGCCCUCCAUCUCUGGCCCGCCCUCACGCUCUCGGUGCAGAACAACUGGGGAGGCCCUGACUCUUCCGACAAGCGAGAUUGGUUCGCGGGCGCCAUCGUUGACCUGUUCCCCGAAUUCACCGAUGCGACUCCCGACGAGAAGACUUCCAAGAAGACCAACGCUCCCGAAGAGCCGGACAUGGAGGAUGUCGAGACUGUACUGCUUCAGAUCAUGGUGGACGAGUUCGAGGUCAACGUGGAUGACGACUCAGGAGUCGACGUUGCCACUCAGAUCAUGCGCGCCCGCGCGCAGUGCGCCAUUGGAGUGUUUGACGAAUACAACAGCCUCAGGGAACGAUUUACGAAUCGCCAAGGGAAGAAGGUCGAUCAGUUGUUUAAGAAGGCCGAAGAUGCAGACCAAGACACAGAUUGGGAGAGCGAUGAUUCAGGGGAGGACGACGAGGACGGCGAUGGCGCCGACGUCACUAUGGACGAUGCCCCUCCUGUCCGCAAGGAGAAGCCAGCCCCCGAGGUGGAUGAAGACGGGUUCACAAAAGUCACGAGAAAGAGGUAA